GGAGCUCCAGAGCACAGCUCCUCUUCUAGCCAGCCGAGGGAAGCUCUCUGCUCCGUCAGCCUGAUGAUGAAAGCCAAAGACAGAUGAAUCCCACCCUGCCCGUUUUUGUGCGCCCUACCAACCCGCCGUUUUCUGCCUGCCGUACCCCGCCACGCCGCCAGACCCAGCCGUGCGCCGCCGGACCCGGUUCCCUAUUGGAUUCUGCAUGGACAAGUGGACUUGAAUGGCGGUGUGGGAUGUAGGUGGUUGUCAGGGCCACAGCGCCGUGACGCGGCGCCGGAUGACGUCAGGGGCCUGGGGCAUGUGAACGCGGCCGAGUUCCCGGAUCUCUAAUGGACGGACGUUUGGCGCCGUGGAGCAGACACCCCUGAGGAAGUCUGUAUAGACGAAACGCGUUGGGUGAAGGACUUAGACAUAGUGGGUGGACAAGCUGUUUUUAGGAGCUCCCCCCGGCUGGGGUAGGCAGCAAGUCCAAUUAAGAUCUUAUCCCAUGAAUGUCAAGACAAAUACACCCCUGAGGAAGUCUGUAUAGACGAAACACGUUGGGUGAAGGUCUUAGACAUAGUGGGUGGACAAGCUGUUUUUAGGAGCUCCCCCCGGCUGGGGUAGGCAGCAAGUCCAAUUAAGAUCUUAUCCCAUGAAUAUCAAGACAAAUGUAGUUAUUUUUCUGAUGGUAUCACUUGUAACUGAAACAAAAGAGAUGUAUCCUCUACGUGAUAAGAAAACUGACCCUUUUUAUAAACCGCCCACAUCUGUACAAAAGACAAGUGCUGAAAUAAUUAAUGAAGCAAGACAUUCUCUCCGAACUUUGACAACCAAAAGGCCUUUUACACCAAGAGAGGAUCAAAGAAAGUUAUUUGGACCCUUAUCUUCCAGGACAUCAGACAACAGGCCACCUUCCUCAUUUAGCUUGCAUUCCUAUAGCUUUGACUCUCCUGACUCGAGACCUGUCUCUGGGACACGCCUGAGCCCCUUGCCUCAUAAGCCAAAGCUCCCUGUAUCCUCCGCUACAGAUGAUGAUAUUGUACCAACAAUCCCUCAACCACCAUCAAAUACAGUGCAAGCUAGGAGGCUCAAUGUAACUCAUCCACGCUUGCUCAAAGCUACGUCUCAUGGAAACCUGUGGAAUGAUUCUCCAUUUUACCCUGGAGAGGGAAAAGACAAUACCAGAGAUGCUAUCUGCACCACAAUGACCACCUGUGAAGGUGAAAUAAGUUCCUUGUCACUUUGUAGCCACGUGCCACAGCCGGAACACAAUGUCUGCCUUAGCCCAGAUGAACAGGGCCGAGCUUCAGAGAAACCAAGCCCUCCUAAUAGCAAAAGAAGAAGCCGGGAUGGUGGUGGAAACGGAAUCAAGCCUUCAUGUUCAAAUAAAACCAAGAAGACCUUACAGACAGAUAAGACAGAAGCUGAACCAACAGCAAAUGAAACCGAGACAGAGUGGGAGACAAAUUACUGGAAUGAGAAAAUUUUCCCAAUUCUGCAAGGCCUCGAGGCAGCAGAGACGAAUCUGGAAGACCUCUGCAGCCUAUGUGCCAAGCUGCACAGGACCUUGGAUGAUGGCAAUAUAUUAGGCAGGAGAUGCAAAAGACGAUCCCAAAUAUUGAAGACUCUGUACAAGUUGGUCGACAUUGGUUCAGAUAGGCUCGGUCUUAGCCUGGCAAAUGUAAUUCUAGCGCUGAAAGUGAGUGGUAAAAAUCUCCUAAAUAUCUGCAAGCUUGUAUUCAAAAUAAGCAGAAGUGAAAACAAUGAUCGUCUUUUCCAAAACUAUAACAUGAUGGGUGUUUUGCUAGAUGUCCUGCAAAAUGAAGAUGCUCAAACUAACAGUGAGGCUUUCUUAUAUUGUUUGGGUACUAUCAAAUUCCUGUCUGGAAAUAAACUUCUGCUCAACGAGUUGCUCAGAAAGCAAGCAGUGGAAAUACUGGUGGGGCUAAUGAGCCAGAUCAUCCAAUUCUACCCUACUCCAGAAAUUGCGUCUUCUGAUAUGAGCCAUCUGCUAGUACAGCUCACUGCAACACUGAGGAACCUUGCUGAUCUUACCCAGUCUCGACCCAAAUUUCUUGAAAGUAAUGCUAUAAUGGAGUUGUGUGUUCUCUUGGAGAAUUACAUAGAUGAUAAGGAUGUAUGCACCAAUGUUUCACGGAUACUCAGCAAACUUUCUCUCUACCAUGACUGUUGCAUGGCUCUGGCAGAUUAUUCCAUCUGUUACUCUGUAUUCUUGUCUAUAUUGAACAAACAUCCCAAGAAACAGGACCUUGUUGUGCGCAUAGUGUUUACACUUGGGAAUAUUAUGGCUAAGGCUGAUACAGCACGUGAGCAAUUUUAUAACCUGAAAGGAAGCAUGAAAACUCUUCUGCAUUUACUACGCAUUUACUGUGACCUUGAUAUAAAUGCACAAAGGUCUCAGUCUGUUGAGAAGGAGGAAACGAAGGAGCAAAAAAUGCCUUCUGAAGUGGAAGACGUAUUAAUUAAAUUAGUAAGACUCCUGGCUAACCUAUCCGUCCAUCCGACAGUUGGAAGAGCUAUGGCUGCUAACCAAUAUUGUGUGUCACAUUUAAUGCAGAUUCUGGAAUGCAAGCUGACUGAUAAAUGUGAAGAACUGGUGAUCAGUACUGUGGCAACGAUCAGCAAUUUAUCUUACUAUCAAAGUGACAGCUCUGUUAUUGCAGACAGAAGACUAGAGAUUUCUAAAUUGCUAUUAAAAUUAAUGCUGUCUAACAACAUGGAGAGAAUUCUGGAGGCAACCAGAGUAUUUGGCAAUCUGUCUCAUUACCAGGAUGUGCGGGAUUUCAUCUUUGAGGAGAGUGUGUAUAAAUUCCUAGUUCCAUUACUGGAUGCAAGGCACCAGGAUGUCUGCUUCUCUGCCUGUGGGGUGCUGAUUAAUCUGGCUACAGACAGCAAUAAGAGAACAUUACUGAAAGAAGAAGGUGCAUUUAAAAAGCUGGUUGAGUGUUUACAGGACUUUGGCUGCUGGGACUGGCAGCUGGCUGGCUUGGUCUGUAAAGCUUUGUGGAAUCUCAUGGAGAAUAUUACAGACACAGGACUGUAUCUUGGAGUGGAAGAUAUCAAUGCACUUUUGGACCUUUUGUCCUCUCUUCUUGAUGAGCAAAUUGUACUGGAUUGCAAGUGGGAUGUUGAUUUAAUGGUGUACCAGAGAGAAUGCUGGGAAGUGGAGUUUAAACCUGUGGCUUUACGACUCCUAGACAAAAUCAGCAGCCAUUAUUCAUACUUGGAACCCUUGCCUGGGCCAGUGUAGUCUCAUUGGACGUUUCCAUCUGUAUGCACACUGAAUCAACUAUGCUGAUGCCCAUAUGCCUUCAUACUAAAAUAUACUGUUAUGUAAGUGUAUAGUAAUUUAUUAAGUACAGAUCAAUGAGCUGCAGUGUAAAUUACAUGUAUGUACAGUUCAAUGUGAUCAUUCUUUGUGUUUCCUUUUUUUCAAGUGUUUCUAAAAUCAAAAUUCUAUUGAAAAAUGUAACUAUGUUCCAGCAGCGUUACAACCAAACCCACCAACAUUCCAGAGUUGGAAAAUCAUCCAACAUCCUCAGUUCACCAAACCAUACUUGAGGAAAUUAAACCUCACCCAUUUCAAAUGAGACCAAAGCAGUUUUCUAUGGGCUAUUCAGCGUGAAUGUUGAAAAACUGGAUGGGUAUGCCUAUACAUGUAGCACUUUAUUUUCUGCAGUCAGCAGCACGUCAGUCUUCUGAGUAGUGCAAAAAAGGAAUUGUAGAUUACAGUACCUGUCAUGACAAAUAGUAAAAAUUCACCAGUGAAUCUAUAUACUGUAAAUCCAGUUCACUAGUACCGCAAACAGUGUCAUUCUUGGCUCUUGUUCCUAGUUAAUAGGCUAAAUAUGGUUGAGCCCUUGGGUGUAACAAUCAGGGUGACGUGGAUAGCAACUGCUACAGAGCCCAGCAGCAUUUACAUGUGCUGUCCUGAACCAUGUUCCCGUCUGCCAUCUCGUGGUAGUAACACAUCCCUCCUCACCUCUGUAAUAACACAUUCUACCACCCCCUCCCCCCUCUGUAAUAUCACAUCCUCUGCUCUCCCAAUACCCUUCACACCCAGUAGCAGCACUUCCACUGCUCACCCCCAUUUCUUGUAUCAGCCCAUCCUCUGCUCUACCCCUCUACCUCUAGCAGAACCUCCCCCCCCCCCCCCGUAGUAUCACAUCUUUCACUCCUCCCCCCUUUAUACCAGCACUUCCUCUUCCGCUCUCUCCCUCCCCCUGUAGUAGCACAUCAUCCCUCCUCAUACCAGCACAUCCUCCUUCACUCCUCCCCCACCCUGUAGCAGCACAUACUCCGCUCUCAACCCUAUAGCAGCACAUACUCAGAUCGUUCCCCACCCCCUAUAGCAGCACCUCCGCUCUCAUCUCUGUAGCUGCAUAUUUUCUUCUCUGUAACACCCACCCCAUCAUCUCUGUAAUAACACAAACUCUACUCCUUGCCUGUAGCAGCAUGCUCUCCUCUCCCCCUCUGCAGUAUCACAUCCUCUGCUCUCCACCCUGUAGCUACACAUACUCUGCUGUCCCUCCUGUAGCUGAACAUUCACUCCCCUCUCUCCCUCCCUCUGUAAUAUCACAUUCUUUGCUCUCCUAAACCACUCCCUACCUCUUAGCAGAACAUUCUCCACUCUUUUCCUCAGUAGCAACAUAUCCUCCACUCACCCCACCUAGCCUUCCCCCUGUAGAAGCAUAUCUUUUGCUCUUCCCCCCCUGUAGAAGCAUAUCUUUUGCUCUCCCCCCCCCCCCUGUAGAAGCAUAUCCUCUGCUCUUCUCCCUGUAGAAGCAUAUCCUCUGCUCUUCUCCCUGUAGAAGCAUAUCUUUUGCUCCCCCCCCCCUGUAGAAGCAUAUCCUCUGCUCUUCUCCCUGUAAAAGCAUAUCCUCUGCUCUUCCCCCUGAAGAAUCAUAUCCUCUGCUCUUCUCCCUGUAGAAUCAUAUCCUCUGCUCUUCUCCCUGUAGAAGCAUAUCCUCUGCUCUUCUCCCUGUAGAAGCAUAUCCUCUGCUCUUCUCCCUGUAGAAGCAUAUCUUUUGCUCUUCCCCCCCUGUAGAAGCAUAUCCUCUGCUCUUCUCCCUGUAGAAGCAUAUCUUUUGCUCUUCCCCCCCUGUAGAAGCAUAUAUUUUGCUCAUCCCCCCCUGUAGAAGCUUAUCUUUUGCUCUUUCCCCCUGUAGAAGCUUUUCUUUUGCUCUUCCCCCCCUUAGAAGCAUAUCCUCUGCUCUUCCCCCCUGUAGAAGCAUAUCCUCUGCUCUUCCCCCCUGUAGAAGCAUAUCCUCUGCUCUUCCCCCUGUAGAAGCAUAUCCUCUGCUCUUCCCCCUGUAGAAGCAUAUCCUCUGCUCUUCCCCCUGUAGAAGCAUAUCCUCUGCUCUUCCCCCUGUAGAAGCAUAUCCUCUGCUCUUCCCCCUGUAGAAGCAUAUCCUCUGCUCUUCUCCCUGUAGAAGCAUAUCUUUUGCUCUUCCCCCCCUGUAGAAGCAUAUCUUUUGCUCUUCCCCCCCGUAGAAGCAUGUCCUCUGCUCUUCCCCCUGUAGAAGCAUAUCCUCUGCUCUUCCCUCUGUGGAAGCAUAUCCUCUGCUCUUCCCCCUGUAGAAGCAUAUCCUCUGCUCUUCCCCCUGUAGAAGCAUAUCCUCUGCUCUUCCCCCUGUAGAAGCAUAUCCUCUGCUCUUCUCCCUGUAGAAGCAUAUCUUUUGCUCUUCCCCCCCUGUAGAAGCAUAUCUUUUGCUCUUCCCCCCCGUAGAAGCAUAUCCUCUGCUCUUCCCUCUGUGGAAGCAUAUCCUCUGCUCUUCCCUCUGUGGAAGCAUAUCCUCUGCUCUUCCCCCUGUAGAAGCAUAUCCUCUGCUCUUCUCCCUGUAGAAGCAUAUCCUCUGCUCUUCCCCCUGUAGAAGCAUAUCCUCUGCUCUUCUCCCUGUAGAAGCAUAUCCUCUGCUCUUCCCCCUGUAGAAGCAUAUCCUCUGCUCUUCUCCCUGUAGAAGCAUAUCCUCUGCUCUUCCCCCUGUAGAAGCAUAUCCUCUGCUCUUCUCCCUGUAGAAGCAUAUCCUCUGCUCUUCUCCCUGUAGAAGCAUAUCCUCUGCUCUUCUCCCUGUAGAAGCAUAUCCUCUGCUCUUCCCCCUGUAGAAUCAUAUCCUCUGCUCUUCCCCCUGUAGCAGCACAUCUUCCACUCUCUCCUACCCCACACCUGUAGCAGCACGUCCUCCCAGAAGCACAUCCUCCAUUCCCCCUCAUUGUAGCAGCACAUCCUCCAUACUCGCACCACCCCUCCUGUAGCAGCACAUCUUCCACACCCCCACCUGUAGCAGCACUUCCUUCGCUCUCAACCCUUUAGCAGCACAUCCUCCAUUCGCGCCCCCCCCCCCCCAAUACCAGUACAUCCUCCACUCUCGUCCCUGUAGCUGUAUAUUCUCUCCUUUUUUCUGUAACACCUGCUCUGUCAUCUCUGUAAUAACAGAAACUCCCCUCCCCACCUGUAGCAGCAUUUUCACCCCUUUCCCUCUGUAAUAUCUCAUCCUCCGCUCUCCUCUCUGUUGCAGUACAUUCUCCCUUCACCAUAACUGCACAUUCUCCACCCUGUAUCAACUUAUUGUCCCCUUUCAUCCCUGUAAUAACACUCUCCCACAUCCUUAAUAACUAUUCUACCCCAGCUGAAAAUUGGCACCUAUCCAGGUCCCAGCGGUGUGGGCAUACUCACUACACCUUUUUCCUUUUUUUACUGCGAGUUGCAUUAGGACAGUAGAUGUUCAGGGCACCUUAAGUGGUGCCCAGAUUCCGAGUUAACGGUAGAGUUGCAGACGUUAUGUAAUGGUGUUGCAUUGUGCUGGUCAGAUACAGCGUCAGCAUUGUAGGACUGGAUGGGACUGCAGAAUGGCGGCAGACAGGUCUGAAAGAGCAUGAGAAGAUGGCAAGUAUGAGGUCAGUUAACUUGUGGGGAUAGACAUUGCAAGUGCAGUACAAAAUAUAGAGACUGAGGAGGGGGAGAGUGGCAAUAAAAACAUACAGAUGAGUCACAAGAGCACAGGACAUACAGAUGGAGGUGUGGGGGCACAAUACAGAAAUAGAGAAAUUGGGGCUUCAAAAUACAGGACAUACAAAUGAGGGAAGGGUAAGGGCACAAUAUGGGGGCAUGCAGUUUCUUGGGGAGACGUGGUUAUAGCACACAAUACAGAGCAAACAGAUGAGAGCACAAUACAUAUUUGGGGGGGCACAAAACAAGACAGUCAGGUGGGGAAGCAUGUGAAGGGUCUGAUGAACCUAAUAGGAGGCACGUGGGAAAUAACUGGGGAGACUAUUUUUCCACAUUUGCUCCUCAUGUAAAAAGUUGGCUAAGCUCUGAAGUUAUACAGGGAGAUUCUGAUUUACAAUGAAGCUUAUCGUUUCAGAUUUGCUGCCAGACUAGCCUUACUGAUCUGAAGCACCAGCCAAGUAGCCACACUGAAAUCCAGCAUUCAGCACAGUGAGAACCGACAAAAUGUGUGUCAGGUAUACUGUAGGGUGACCCACAACAGAAAUAAUGCAGUUUUUCUGUCACAAUAUCCUCUUUCUGCUUCAUAGGGGCCACUGAAAAUGGCCUUGUGGCCCUAUGUUACAUAGAACAUAGAAUUUUAUUAUUAUUAUUAUUACCAGUUAUUUAUAUAGCGCACACAUAUUCCGCAGCGCUUUACAGAGAGAAUAUUUAGCCAUUCACAUCGGUCCCUGCCCCAGUGGAUCUUAGUCUAUAUUCCCUACCACAUGUACACGCACACACAUUCAUACUGGGGUUAAUUUUGUUGGGAUCCAAUUGACCUACCAGUAUAUUUUUGGAUUGUGGGAGGAAACCGGAGUAACUGGAGGAAACCCACGCAAGUACGGGGAGAAUAUACAAACUCCGCACAGGUAGGGCCAUGGUGGGAAUUGAACCCAUGACCUCAGUGCUGUGAAGCAGUAAUGCUAACCAUUACACAAUCUGUACUGCCGUAUUUUAUGGCAUAUAAAUAGUAAAUACCACAUGGCCCAUCUAGUCUGCCCUAAAUAUAUGAAGAGUACUUGCACACACUUACACACUAGGGUUAAUUUUCUUUUUUUAUUAAGAGACCAUUAACCUAGCAUAAAAUUUUUUGGAUUGUGGGAGGAAAACCGCACAUACUUCACACAGUUAGGGCCAUGGUGGGAAUCAAACUCAUGACCUCAGUGCUGUGAGGCAGUAUUGCUAACUAUUACACCAGGCAUUCCCAACCACGGUACUCAAGGCACACCAACAGUGCAGGUUUUAGUGAUAUCCAGGCUGCAGCACAGAUGGUUAAAUCAAAAUAACUGAGAUACUAAUUAAAUCACCUGUGCUGAAGCCUGGAUAUCACUACAACCUGCACUGUUAGUGUGCCUCGAGAACCGUGGUUGGGAAUGCUUGUAUUACACCAUCCAUACUGCCCAGGUCAUAUAAAUCUCCAUUCAAGUACCCGCUGUGAAUGUUAGUGCCGGAUAAUGUUAUCAGUCAUUUUAUGCUAGUAGAGACUAUGGCUGACCUAAAGGGGCCAGGCAUUCGGAGCAGCCCUUUUGUAGCAAGCUUAAUGAAGGAUACUGUAGUACUUCAAAGGGUCUCCGGAAAGGAAAUCUACUGUAUGCAGGAAACAAUCUUCUGUUGAAUCUGAAUUGCUAUUAGUGCUGUAACUUUUUUAUAGCUUAUCUUAUGUCAUAGUUUUAGCAUAACCUAUCAGGUGUAUUUUUGGAUGUAAAGAAAAUCAUAGUGCAACUCCUUGCUCAGUGAAGAGCUACUCCCAGAUUUGUACAUUUAUUCCACAAGAUUAGCUCUUUAGGGGGGCUAUAAAAGAUGAUUAAAAAUGUUGUGCUCCAUUGUAUUAGUACCAAAUCAGCAGUGAACCCCCAUUAGUUCGUUCUUUUACCACUUGCGUAAGAUCAAAUGGGAACAGGUGGGAAGUUUUUUUCCCAAAAACCUCCAUAUAAAUUGUUUCUGUAUUCAUACAAGCAGUUCUAAGGGAAAGUACUGUAUGACAGAUUGGCAGUGCAAGGCCAGAACAAGAUGUCCUUGCUGUAGAAACUUGCUCAGUGGUGCGAAAUACUUUUAUUGCCGCCCACAACACAGAACAAACACUCAUUUAGGAUGAUAACUGUAUGAUUUGUAACUUCGUCAGCACCACAAGCGUCACCAUGUUGGCCGCAGCUGGGUCUCUCCCAAAUAUUUCUCAUGUUUUAUGAUCUCAUUUGCAGCAUGGUUGAAUAUUGAGGUUUUAUAAAUCAUUAACCCAAUGUUAAUAACACCAACUAAUAAACAUACAUUUACUUUG